AACAUCACCUGUCUUUCCAUUUUUUAAAAAUGGCUUCUUUCUCCAUUAAAUCCAACCCAAUGGUGGUGGCGCCGGCGGUGUUUCUUCUUGUUCUUCAACUGGUGGCGGUGGUACUCGCGGCGGAGACUCCAAGCGGCGGUGGACAGAGGGAAUUUGACUAUUUUGUGUUGGCUCUUCAAUGGCCAGCUACUUCUUGCAAGAACACGGGCAAGUGUUGCCCGGCCAAUGGUUGCUGCCGUGGAGCUGACUCUCCCACUGAAUUUACAAUCCAUGGGUUAUGGCCUCAGUAUAAUGAGAGAGGAUGGCCAUCUUGUUGCACUGAUGCAGUCUUCAAUCAAAAUGAGAUUAGCUUGUUGGAAGAGGAUAUUCAAAAGUAUUGGCCAACCUAUAGAUGUGGUACUACAGGCAACUGCCAUGGUACCAAAGGAUCAUUUUGGGCUCAUGAGUAUGAGAAGCAUGGGACCUGCGCAGCUCCUGUGAUUGUCGGCGAAUACGAUUACUUCUUGACAACGCUCACCAUCUUCUCCAAGUACAAUGUCACCAAAGCAUUGAGCGAUGCUGGGUUUGUAGCUUCCAAUACUGAGAAGUAUGCUCUAGGAGACGUGGUGGAUGCAGUUAAGAAUGCUACCGAUUCAACUCCGAAGAUUAGCUGUGCUAAAAAGGGGGCUGUCAAGGAGCUUUGGAUAUGCUUUGACAAGAACUUUGAGCCACGUGAUUGUGACCUUGCCAAUUCAUGCCCCGACUUUAUUAAGCUCCCAACGUAUGAGUCUCAGGGUGUGAUGGAGGGAGCUAUUCCAUGGAUUGCUGAUGCUGAAGCACUUGUUUAACCUGUUUUUGAAGCUCAAAUUGGAUGAUCCUUCUUGAUGUCUAAUUAUCACUCUUUGAACUAUAAAAGAGAGAGAUCUCUCCUUUCUUUUUGUAGU